AUGGCAGGUUCGAUCGCAACUCCCGAAGCGCCUGUUCAUCCAACUCCACCUAAGGCAGGCGAUUAUCUCCCUCAACCAUCCGUUCCGUUAGCAGGUGCCCCUGAACCACCUCCUCAGCAGCAACAUGCUUAUCCAACUGAGCAACCUCUUCCACUCGACGCGCAUUUUUCUGGAAUUUCUGAAACUCUUUCUUAUUCAACUUCCUCAUCGAUGACUUCUUACUCAAGUGAUCUCCCGUCGAAUUCCCGAAGAAGAAAACAAAUGGAUGAUGAUGUCUUAAUGGACUACAUUUUGCGCUGUUUCUGUUGCUCGAUCGUGUUGUUUCUCACGCUUGUUUUUGUCGGAUGGAUAUUAUGGGGAGAUAAUGAACACCAUUACGAUGGAGGGCCACCACUUGGAUCACCUCAGAAUCCGUUCGUCUUCGCAUCCAGUUUCGUCGACCAAGGGAGCAUUGAUAAUCAAACAGUCAACAUUUGCGAUGGCAAUUUCGAAUACGACGUCUCUUCUUUUGGACACUUUCAGUAA